AUGACUGAACGCGCCCACGAGCAGUUUGCCGACGCCACCACCACAGUAGCAGGAGCCACUACCGAAUCGACUGACUCAGCACUUUUCAAAGAUCCAGAGUCUAAAAAACUGCCAGGGUCCGGCCCGGUUUCCAUCACCAUGGAUGUAUAUCAUCAAUUGCAACAAAAGCGCCUCCUCGAACGUCAACAACAGGAAAGUCUCAAGCAGCAGCAGCAACAACAACAGCCACAGUCACAGCAAUCACAGGCACAGGAUACGGCAAACUACUUUUCCCAAGACGGUCAGUCAGCGAAUCCUUAUGAGCAGCAACAAGGAAAGCAACCGUCGUUGGAGACUUUGGAACAAAUCGUCAGCAUUGUUCAGGCAACGACUCCAGCUUUGCCGAUUGUUUCCACACAAACACACCUACUCCCGAUGCCAGGGCCUGAUUUAGCCAACAUCAUCUUUGGAACCACACCGGCGGCAGCAACAGCGUCAGUAGGAACCAACGCUGAAUCAGAUAAUUUAGUCGGCUCUGCAAAAGCGGCGACAACUGCGACAUCGAACGGACACUCUGGCACUGGAAGCAACAGCCACCAGCAUAGGAAAGGAGCCGGAGGGGCCUCUGGAUCUCAAACACAGUCUCAGUCGCAACAACCAAGGACGUCUUCACCACCCACUCCCGCCUCUGGAUCAUCUUCGGGAGCACAAAAGACUCCCGCUACCAAGGGACCCAAGGCGAUCCAUGCUAUCGAGCUGAUUCGCAUCGCUGGCGAGAUUUUGCAAUUCCCUCCUGCGACCAUUGGAACUUCGCUAGUGUAUUACCACAAAUAUCGCGCCUAUUUACACCAGGCGUACAAACGAGGAGAGCGUGACAAUGAGGCGUUCAGGGCGGACGAAUAUUUAUUUGCGACGGCAUGUUUGCACUUGGCUUGCAAAUGCACAGAAGUGAGCAGGAAGGUCCGUGAUCUUGUCAACGUCACCUACAGAGUCAUGAACCCAGGACAGCCAGCGCUUUCACUCUCGACCAAAGUCAACGACAACAGUGGCUCAUCAUCGUCAUCGCAACAACCACAACAACAGAACACCCACAGCAUUGCACCGCCACCAACAGCGGCAACAUAUUGGCACAUCCGCGAUUCGCUAUUGACGACAGAGUUGAUGCUGCUCCGUAUCCUUCAGUUCGAUCUGGAUGUUUCGCUUCCUUUCAGUGAUGUCCUCCGGAUAUACAAAGGAAUGGGAAUGGUUUUCAGUCCGACAGAUGAGGAGGCAGCCAACCUCUACCCUCACGCGUCCAACUUUGAUGUCUUUUUGCCAGCAGCACAAAACCAACAACAACAGCCUUCUCAUCCGUCGUCAAUGUCGCCCAGCAAGCAUGGAGCACCAGCACUGCCAUCGUCUUCGUCAAUAGCCUCAGCUAUGUCAAACCCAACACCUCACACUGGAAUUCACCCCACCCUCUCUGCAUUGGUUCAAAUUUCGACCACCUUUUGUAUCGACGCCCUCUGCAAUUCCAACAUUGCGCUCCACUCUUCCAGCCGGGCAUUGGCCAUGGGAUCGAUUUAUCUGGCUAUUCGCUCAGCAGGACUGGAUUUGCCACUCCCCUUUGAGGAGUGGUGCUACGCAUGGGGCAGGCCCAUGAUUGCUACAGGAUUCGGGAUCCAAGUAGCGGGUACCUCUGGACCCGGGGGUGUCGGCAUGGGCAACUCUGGUGUCGGAACCGGUGUGUCUGGUGUGAAUGGGAUCAUGGGACUGACAAGUGGGACCAACAACCUGUUUGUGUCGAGUCCACGCCCGACGAGUGAUUCGGCCUCGUAUAUGGAAGGAUUGGAGCUUUCCAGCAGUCAGUCAGGUUCGGGCAACAGUAAUGGCAACGGAGGAGGAGCAGGAGGAGCAACUGUCGGUGCAGGCGGUGCCAGUGGAUCUAAUGGCAAUAUUGGCCAAGAUCCUGUGUAUUCGCAAACACAUUCGCCUCUCUUGAACAGCAACAACAACAACAACAACAAUGCACAGUCUACAUCAUCUCCCUCAGUUCGCGCCUCGGUCGACAAUCUACAUGGGUCCCAGGAUUCGGCUAUCCCUCAGCAACCCAUGACAAUUGUUGACGAGGUUAGAAAGGUCGUGCAUGAGCUUGGUAACUUCUACACGCACUAA